UGUUAUUCUAAGCGGAACUUAGAAUUCGUCUCUUGUUUUCAACCGGUUGGUUUUAACGGUUGUGCAAAAAUUAGCAGUAGCCGCCAGUAGUCCGCUAGUAUUUUCCAACUAGUGACAAUUAUUGUGUUUAUACCCAAAUUAACAUAUUUAUAUUCUACAUUUCUAAAGCUAUAUUUGGGUAAUAGAUCUAUCUUAUACCGGAUCAGUUUUCCUCAUGAUCUGACUCGGAGCUUGAACGAAGUUGCAUACUAACAUGGAUGACAGCAAACAGACUUCCUCUCCCGAGGGAUCUGUAGACCCCUCUCUCGUGUCAGAAGAUGGUAAAAAUGUGAAAGCAGUGUUGUGCCAGAGAUGUGGCUCCAAAGUGCUCUGCCCAGGCAUGGCACAGUUUGCAGAAAAGGAGCUGUUUCUGCCUGCAAUGAGAAAGAAAACCUCAAUUGGUCAGUCAGACGGGACGUUGGAUGGAGACACAUUGACAUCUCACUGGCUGGUUGAUGACAUGUACACAUUUGAGAAUGUUGGCUUUACAAAAGAUGUAGGCAAAGUGAAGUACCUUAUUUGUGCUGAUUGUGAGAUCGGACCCAUUGGUUGGCAUUGCCUGGAUGACAAGAAGAGCUUCUAUGUGGCAUUGGACAGGGUGAACCACGAAUAGAGCAUGUGCUGAAGUCACUGUUUGGAAAAUUCUGCGAUUAUUUUGACUACAUAACACAAAUGGCUUUCAUAUUUUGUUCUUUUGGCAAAGUUCAGAUAAAUGUGGUUGGUUUUUGUAUAUUGUUUUUUAUUGUGGUGUUUUCAUUCUCACCAAACUGUAUGCUUACUUGUACUACUGCACCUGCCUAUCAUCAGUCUGCCAAAAAAAAGGGAGAUGAUCAUUUUAAACAUUCCUUAACACAAGUACUUUACAUUCUUCUUGUCUCUCCAUAUGUAACAAGUCAUUUUUGUGUAUAAAAAGAUUUAGAAGGAUGGUGCUUGUCAAAUAACAUUCAUCCUUGAUCAUUUCACCAUUUCAGCAAACAAUACUAAUUGAACCUAAAUAAAACUCUAAAUUGUU